AUUCAUCUGCGCCUCUUCCUGUCCCGUGUCUACGUGUUCUGACGUCAUCUGCGUCAACAAGUGUGCGACGGAGUGCUGCUGUAGUUUUUAACACAUGGAGAAAGUUUGGUGGCUGUCCCUCCCGAAACUGAACAACGACAAAGGCGUUUGGUUCUCAAGCCAUCUAUCCUGCACCUUCCCCAAGUUGCAUCUCGCUGCAUCACCAUGUCUGGAUAUUUGCCUCCAAUGGGAGGGAUCAGAUAGAGGUAUUUCAAUCGACACAGACACCAGAUAUUUAAAGAAAACGGUAAAACAGUAAGGAGUGAAGCACUAUAGAAAUCUAUCAGAAGUUGUGAAGUGUGUUAAAAGGGUUUGAGGAGUGUUUUGAGACACAGAGGUAAAGAAUGGACGCUCUGAAGUGGCUGGGGAUUUUUGUCUUUCUGGGCAUCUGCUCAAAGGCAUCAGCUCUCCAAGUGUCCGUGUUCUCAGUAACAACAAAGAGCGCAAUUCUCAGAUGGGCCAGGUUCUCCGGAGCCAGCUCAUACAGGAUCACCGUCGCCCCCAAAAGCUCAUCAAACAACCAAAUAGCUUUUGCAACGUUUGGUCCAAACACAGUGCUGGGAUCUGUCAACUCUCUGUCUGCAAACGUCAUGUAUAUAUUCACACUCGAAGCCCUGAAUAGUUUCCAAGAUGCACUGAGCUCUGUGUCUGUUGAGUCAUCUACAGCCCCUAAUGUGAUGGACGCCAUCCAGACGGUGAAGACGAAGGAUAGCGGCACCUUGAUGGCGUCGUUCAACUUGGAGACAGGGGCGACGGAUUACAUCAUACGAAUCCAGACUACAAAUGGCUUCUUCAGAGAAGACACAGUGUCUUCUACCCCCGCUGAGAUUAAGAACCUCAAACCAUACACUGAGUAUAUGCUCAGCAUCAUGUCUGCCAACAGUGGAGGCCGCAGCCAGCCGUCUCUUCCCCUGACUGCAAAGACAGUUUUGCCUCCUCCUCAGCUACUCGCCUCCUCUCCCAGCAAUGACAGCAUCAUCGUAUCCUGGGAGGCUGUUGCCAACGCUGUCCAGUACACCCUCUCUAUACACCAUUUUGGCACAAACACCAGCGUGAAGCACAACACCACCGGCACCAAUCUGACCAUCUCUGGCCUGGAUGCUGCCUCCCUGUACGCCAUCGAGGGUUUCGCAUGGGACCUCGAGGGCCGAGAAGGGGAGGGCAGUCUGAUCAUCAACCAGACAACACGAUCUCCAUCACCACGUUGCGCCAACGUCUCCAUGGUGAUGAAUAACGGUGUGACAGGACUUUCUGUGUCCUGGGAACUCAAUCAGGAGGUCUAUGGAUCCAUCCAAUACCAUGUGAUGAGUGACCAGAACCUCACCUGUUACUCCACAUCAAACUCCUGCACGCUGCUGCCAAUCUUGUGUGGAGAAGUGCACACCAUCCGGGUCACUGCCUCCAACGACGCAGGGCUCAGCCUGCCAUCCAGCCCCGUCGUGUUCACCACCUUCCCCUGCCCACCAGAGCCUUCGGCCCUCCUGGAGUCGACGGGAGGAAGCUGCACGCUGACUUGGCGGACGGUGCCUCAUGCCGACAGCUACCUGGCCUUUAUUAACAAAGGUGACGGCGCCGAGGAGACCUGCAACACCACCGGCAACAACUGCACCUACCGCUGCGAGUGUGGCUACACCUACUUGAUGUCCGUGUCCGCCCUCAACCAGGCCGGCAGCGGCCCCCGAGGACAGAUUCUCAACCACACCACCUUGCCCUGCUGUCCAGAGGAGGUGCUGGUCUCCGCGGUGAGCACGGACACUCUGGAGAUAACGUGGACGGCGUCGCGGGGGGCGCAGCUGUACGAGACUCGGGCCGCAGACGGUUCAGAGGUCAUCCUGUGCAACGACACGGCACCGCUGUGCGCCCUCUCCGACCUCAGCUGCGACAGUGCGUACAGCGUGCUGGUGGCGCCCUGCAGUGAAAUCAGUGGAUGCAACCGUGGAUGCGAAGCUCACGCCAAAAACACCGCUCCUUGCAUGCCGACUAAUCUGAUGUUGAAUGUGAAAAACUCCUCCCGCGUCGGCGUCAGCUGGACAGCAAACAACACGGGAGCCAUUUACACCGUGAGCGCCUUGGGAGACAAUGCCGAACACACCUGCACCACCAGCGGAAACAGCUGCGACAUCACUGACCUUCCUUGCGGAUCCAUGUAUGAGAUUAGCGUCAGAGCGACCGGGCCCUUCGGCCAGAGUUUACCCAGCUACUCUGACUCUCUGGAAACAGAGCCCUGCUGCCCGGUCAAUCUAACAGUCGAUCAGGUGACGCAGGCAGUGACCAACGUCUCGUGGUCUCACGCAAAAGGAGCGCAUUCGUUCAUCGCCUCUCUGACGUCGACGCGUGGUCACGCCCGCUGCCACACCCGGGACCCCCACUGCCUCAUGGGAUGCAUCACCUGCGGGACCAACUACACCGUCACCGUGGAGGCGUUCAGCUACAGCGGGCGCGGCUCUAACUGCUCCUAUCGGGGAUUCUCGUCCAGCGCCUGCUGUCCGUCGGGCGUCCGGCUCUACGGGCUGACCGGUAGCUCUCUGCGGGUUUACUGGCGCGCCGCUGGCAGCCGUCACAGCUACGUCGCAGAGAUGGUGGGCAGCGGCAGCGGCGGCGGCAGCAGCAACAACUACACCUGCACCGCGUCUUCCGGGGAGAGCAGCUGUGACGUCGGCAGCAUCCGGUGCGGGGACGUCUACGACGUCGUGGUGGCGCCGCUCACACGAGAGGGCACCAGAGUCCAGUUCUGCCCCGUGAAGCAGUUCUCAGUCGCCUGCUCGGGGAGCAAUGUUGGUGCAGUGAUUUACAGAGGGAAGAGAAGUGUGGACUAGCAUUUGAUGCACAUCUCCAUCAGCAUUGUUCAUCCUCAUCUACCUUGUGCCUCAACUCUGCCCUACUGGAAUAAAGCAAUGCUCGUAGCUAAAUAGAAGUGAAACCAGAAGUAAACACGCUUGUCUAUUGCCCAUGAUAACAAAUGAAGGGGAAAUACAUUUUUGAGAUACUGUGCAGUGUUGUAAACAAGCCCUCGUGUAUCACCGCAUCACCUCAUGAUGAAACGUUUGAUUCACAUAUCGUAAAAAAGUGCAUUUACACACUGCAGAGACAUUGUAACUUCAUUUAAGUUAUGUAAUUCCUGCACAAUUUGCUCAAAACCCUCCAAAUGUAUUAUCUAAUUGACAAAACAGUAACAGUCUCCCAGGAGACAUUUCAAAUAAUUGUUAGGAAUCAUGAAAUUGAACAAAUAAUGUUGUUAAACUUAAAUUAGUUCUGUUCCCAAGUAGGAAGCCUCGUGAUGAUGAGCAGACACUGGUCUGUGUCAGGUCAUCACGUGUCACCCUGUUGUAUGAUCUCUCUACAGUGUGCUGUUGCUCGUUGUCAGGAUGUAUUUGACUGCUUGCUAUGUGUGUCGCUGUGGUUUUGGAAACCGGACGCAUGUAUCAGUUAAUAAAGAAUUCCCAGCAUUUCAGAUAAAGUAUAAUAAUUCAGUAAGUAAUCAUUCAGUAUUCUGUUUCAUCUUGUCUGUUUUG